AUGCAAUCACAAAGCGCUUUACAUGCAGAAACUUUAUUGCGGAAGCUGAACAGUCAGAGAAUUUGCGGAAUAUUUGUGGAUUCCUCCUUGAUUUCCAGAAGUGGAGAAGUUGUUUUCUAUCAUUCAGCAAUUUUAAAUGCAAUCGCUUCAUCAACUGCUAUUCUGCCGAUCAUUGCCGACCAAUAUUCUCAUGUGACCCUGAACCUCUUCUUCGACUAUGUCUACCUCGGGGUCAUUUCAAACGAUGUGAGCCUGAAAACCUACCGCGAACUGUGGAAUUUAGGCCGACAGCUGAAGUUAAAAGAGCUGCAAACAGCUCUUCAUCCUUUUUCUGAAACUGGCGACAGCUUUAGCCCAACGAGAAAGCGCAGCAAAUAUCCUGUUUUGCGCAAAGAAAAGGAAGCGCCAGAAAAGAAAAAGCCGCGCCUAAUCGCCACCGCCAGCCAUCGAAAAUCGCCACGUUCCUCAUCUGAAGCUUCAUUUACAACGGAUCGCUCUGGCGCAAGAUUUCGGAUACCAAAAGCUCGACUCAAAAGUGCAAAAAGAAAACUUUUUGAUCAAGACUAA